CUGGUUGAGUGUCGGCGCGGCUCCGUCUGCUCGACGCAGCUUCGAGUGGAAUUCGCUUCGGACUACCAUUUAGCUUGUCACAACACCCGGUUGAUUCGAAAACCCUUCACGAUGGCAUGAAGGGAAAAUAAUUUUUCUUCAUCUAAGAUCACAGACAGAUCCGUUUUGAUUCUUGCUUCAUUUGGGCAAAAAUGUCGAGCAAUCCUAAUAAGAUGGCUGCAGCGAGAAAGGUCCGGUCGGAGUACAUGAAGAAGUACCGGAAUCCCAAAUGGGACGCAUGCUCCAAAAACUACGAGGACUCCGUGAAAUACAGGGUGAAUCGGCGGGUCAUGGAGCAGACGCACAACCCUCUGUUUUGGGACGGCUGGGACAGCGGAUCGGAGUCUCUGUCCAGCGGGAGAUCAAGUCCAAAAUUCAAAGACGUCCUGGAGGCUGCCGUGGCGAACAAGCUUCACAUCGUGUCCGACUCCAGAGGGGACGAGACGGAUGACACCCAGGACACGGUAGUGACCGUGGUGAAUGGUAAACCUCCCCCGCUCCCGCCCCCGCCAGAAGCCCACAGUACAAUGGGGGACACUUCUGCAGUUGAGAAUGGCGUCCCGUGUGAGACGGACACGGUGAACUGCAGCUCGUCGGAGGCCCCUCCCAAGAAGCGUCACCAGCGCCCACGCCGCGCCCCCCGCUCUGAGCCGGGAUACGACGGGGACGUGGACAAGCCCCUCCGGCCCUCCUCGGCCCCCAAGCUGACCAGAGCCAAGAGCCAGCCUCCCGAGAGGGAGAGGGAGAGGGAGAGGACGAAGGAGAGAGAGAGCGGCUGCACCAGUGGCGAGAAAGACGCCAGGCGCUCGUACAUGCGGCCCGGCUGGACCGAGAGACACAUGGAGACCCGGAGCAGGACGCCCAGCAUGAGACCCUCGGUGUCCGCAGGAGAGAUCCAUCGUUCGGAGGCGGUGGCCAAGCGCCAGGACGCCCAGCGGUGGGGCGGGGCCCCCGGGGCCCUGGACCGGCGCCGGGCUCGCUCGGCCGACCUGGAGAAGCUCCGCAAGAGCCAGCUGAGCGUGGCCAACACGUCCAACGACCGCUGGAUGACCGAGUACAUGCGCUGCUUCUCCUCCCGCAUGAGGUGAAAGCAACACGCUGCCCCCAGUGCUUGAAGUGGGAAAAAAAGAGGUGCAGGAACCCUAACCAUCCGAAAAUACCAUCCAAAAAGAAGUGCAGGAACCCUGGUUUUCCAACAGUCUCAUCAGUACCAAAUCAGUACAAGUCAUGUUUUUGUAGGCCUAUUGCCUGCACGCAUUUUGAAAAACUUUGUUUUCAACUUGUAAAAUGGCGGCGCACGAGGUAAGUUCUGCCCCCCCCACUUCAA